UGCAAUAUCAAAUAUUAUGUUCUGUUGGGUUUGCAUUCUCCAUUUCUGCUUCCAGUUCCGGUUCUUUUGUGUCUACAAACAUCAUGAUCAUUGUUUCAGUAUGCAGAUAUCCAUUACUGUAGUAUUGGAGUGUAAAUUUGUCUGUAAAUUGGCAAUAUGUAGCAGCUAAAAAGGCCGUUUAUUACAUUGGCCCAAUAGGUUUAGGCACGGCCCAAUAUUGGAGUGUCUUAGCUAGCUACUUUUUUUAAUGGAUAGGUGGCUUGGCGCGCAACUCGAGCUUUUGUUUCAACCAUGAGUUUGAGGAAGUUGGCGACCAAAGCAAACCCUAAUUGCGACCAAAGUGAGAAUGAUGAUGAGAAGGCGAAGAAACAGACGACGGUGGCUCUGGGCAACGGUAGUGAGGUGGUGCUGAUACCGAGGUUCAUAAGCUUCGAUCGGGCUUGGAGUUGGUUCGAUUACCUCAACACAAAAAUUCCUUGGACCAGACCAACUGUUCGUGUCUUCGGCCGAUCCUGCCUCCAGCCUAGAGAUACAUGUUAUGUUGCAAGUCCGGGACUACCACAUUUGGUUUACAGUGGGUACCAACCUCAUGCUUAUUCAUGGGAUGAUCUCCCUCCUCUUAAGGAACUCUUGGAAGCGGUCCACAAAGCUAUUCCUGGCAGCAGUUUCAAUAGCUUGCUGUUAAAUAGGUAUAAAGGUGGUAAUGACUAUGUUGCUUGGCAUUCUGAUGAUGAAAAGGUUUACGGUUCAACUCCUGAAAUUGCAUCCCUUUCCUUUGGAUGCGAAAGGGAAUUCUUCUUGAAGAAGAAACCCAGUAAAACAUCUCAAGAAAGGAAAAGUGAUCAAGAAUCUUCAAGUAAGCGAUUAAAGAGGAAUCAUGAUGAUCAGCACUCUUUCAUGCUUAAGCAUGGAUCACUCUUGGUGAUGAGAGGUUAUACUCAAAGGGAUUGGAUGCACUCUGUGCCUAAGCGGAUGAAAUUAGAGGCCACCCGUAUCAACCUUACCUUCAGGCUUGUGCUCUGAUAUAAGGGUUCUAGGUAGGAUCUUAAGAGAAUGGUUCAUUUUAUCUUUAUAUCCAUAAAAGAUAAUGUGAGAUGGUAGCACAGUAUUGAUGUGUGUUUAACAAGGUCUUAUUUCAAGUUUCUGAUAAUCCUAUGCAACUGAAUUCUACCCUACUUUUCGCCCUGCAUCAAUCUAAGUCUGUAAUCUAACAAAGCUCUAAUAUCUGGUUCACUCAUCAUGCUUUGUAUUUGCUAACCAGACUUCCCUUCUAUUAUGUUAUGGAAUAUGAGUUUAACCCACCUUUAACUGGCUCCUAGUUACGAUAAGGCCUCAGGGAAACUUCAUAGUGAUUGUUUAAGUUUCUGUAUCUACACCCAAAGCAAAUAAUUCCAACAAAAAAGUUUGUAACAUGAUAAACCACUUUG